AUGAGACCGAAAGCACUGGACGCUGUUGCAGCUCAAAAGGAAGGGGAAAGGUCACCAGACAAGAGAUCACCAGCUCGGCAGCAGAUACAAGUCAUUGAGGAGCCAGCCACCGCGAGUAAGACCUUCGAAUCCCCAGCACCAGCAUCAGAUGGCUCCGUAGCAACCACAGAUGGCUCCACUGAAGACACCCCGACUACUCCAGUCCCUACAGCCACCACCAUCGUUUCAGAGGUCGCCCAAAGCGUCAAGUCAGCAGUCGACACCGCCAUCGCAUGGGCCGAAACGAAAGUCGAGAGCCUAAGCGCAGAGCACGAUAGCACAGGCCCGUAUACCUCACCAGCGACUUGCAUGCCCUCGGACCUCGAUGCCAUUGCCAGUGGGAUUCUGCCUGCUAUGCCGAUUGCGAGACAAUACGAUGGAGGGAUUGAUGAUGAUAAGAAAGAAGCAAAGGGUACUGAGAAGAGCACCAAGACUGGAGACGGACAGAGCGAGAAGAAUGGAGAGAAGCAGGAUGACGAAGCAGAGCCUAAGUUGUAA